CUUUAUUGACACAACUCUCGUGUACAUGGAUCGGGCAGGGUUGUCCUUCAGUGCAGCUAACUAGACAGCCUUAACUCCAGCUCAUUCUUGGCGUUCUUAAAAUACCAGCACGUAAAAGGAAACUACACGCCGAGGACCAUGGCGGCAAGGAUUUUGCCCGUAGUGAAACUGGCCACCAAGGUGACCAUCGCAGGAGGAGCUCUGUACGUUGCCUGUGACUCUGGUCUGUUGGGAAGCAGUGAGCAGGGCUCAGAGGCCCUGGGUAAGGCCAAGGCUGCAAUACCCCCCGCCAUAGAGGAAUGGAUGAAGUACUUUGGCCUGGAGGCUCAGCUUCCAACCAUGCCACACAUUGAAUUCUCUCCUGUUGAGUCGUGGAACUCUGGAGUGCGAUGGACAAUUUCAUCUCUUUCUGAGGCACCAACAAAAGCAAGCGAUUACACAAAUCAGGGUUUGCAGUACCUGAAAGACCUCACCAAGUGAACAGGAACUCUCUGGUCAACCUGGCAUUUAUAAAUCUUUUUGAGUUUUGCACUUAAAUGACAUUACUUCUUCAAAAGUUGUCGCCCCUCACGAGAAAGACGAAACACCCAACAUAAGAGAAAAUUGUCAGAUGAAAAGAGGUUGUGAAAUUUGGCUGCAAGGAGUAUAAUCUCCUGAUUGGGUACUGUGGUUGUCUAAAUGAUAGUGGCAUUGGUUGGGAGUUGUGUUGUACAUAAUGCUAGGAGGCAAAAUGUAUUUUAAAAGUUGUUUGAUUUGGUGUCAACCACCACAUGUCAACACUGUCUGAUAUACAAUAUUUAACGCCCUUUUGUUCUCAAACCACCCAAAUGUUAUGAAGAGAAUGUUUGUUGUAUAUAUGCAGUUUGUGACUUAAUAAUACAUCAAUCUUAAAACACA